CACGUUUGUCAGAAUUCACAGUAUUUCUUCCAAUGUCAAUAUAUUUGAGUUUCAAGAAUUGUUUAGAGAAUUCGAAUCAUGUGCUUUUUGGGGCCGUCGUGCAAGUGGCUCUGUAAAUGCUCCAGUUUCAGAGCCAGCCUUUUCUGGGCUUGCUGGAAUAUCAUUUUUGGACUCGUUUUAAUUGAUCAAGUCUUGGACUUUGUGAGGGCGCAAAAACUGGCAACCGUAAUCAAAGUAAUCGGCUGUGUAUCCGGCGCGGGUUUCACUCUAUCUGGCGCCAUGCUGCUUGCUGGCAUUCUGAAGGGAUCGCGAUGCCUGGUCUGCGCAUCCAUAGUCGUCUGUGGCCUCAGUACACUCGUCAUUCACUGGCUGAUUGUUCCACUGGGUAAGAAGUUGCAGUGCAGUGUAAACAAAUACUGUGUAUACGUAUCAGAAAACGGAAAUGAAUACGGACAGCGAAUAUUACGUGGACUUGGAUCCAACGGUAUAAACCGAGGGACAGACAAAGUUAAUUAUUUAUAUUUAUAUUUAAAUUUAAUUGUAACAAUCAAUUUGGGCAGCUUCUAGCAAGUGCUAGUGCCAGAAUCGAAAUUCUCGUCUUCUAC